AUGUCCUCCUCCCUCAAACCGCUCGUCCUCCAUGCCCACUCCACAGGCCCAAACCCCUACAAAGUCGCUAUCGCCCUCGAGCUCCUCUCCCUCCCCUAUACCGUCAAGCUCUGGGACUUCGGCGACGCACCGAACGGCGUCAAAGGCGCGACCUUCACAAAGAUAAACCCCAACGGCCGCGUUCCUGCGCUCGAAGAUCCGAACACCAGCAUCACAUCCUGGGAGAGCGGCGCCUGUCUGAACUACCUUCUGCGCACGUACGACGCUGCUCCGAAGGGCAAUAAUGUAAUGGGACCGAAAGAUGAUGAGAAGAGUAGAGUGGAACACGACCAGUGGGUUUUCUUUUUGGUCAGUACGCUGGGUCCUAUGAUGGGCCAGGUGAAUUGGUUCAGGCAUUAUCAUCCCGAGAAGAUCGAGGGGGCACUACAAAGAUACGAAGAGCAAGCGUACCGGUGCUUUGGCGUACUCGAACAGCAGCUAGAGAGGAGUGGGGGGAAAUACAUUGUGGGGGGCGACAAGCCGAGCGUGGUCGAUGUUCACUUCUAUCCGUGGGUGUACCAGUAUAACUUUGCGGGUUUGAGUCUGGAGGAGUAUCCCGGGGUUAAGGCGUGGCUAGAUGGGAUCGCAGGCUUGAAUGAAGUGAAGAAGGCGUACGAGAAGAUUCCCAAUGGUGAGAAGGCUUGA